GGAAAAUAUAAACUGCAGUCGAUUUUUCAGGGGGAGCAGAGCCAAUACAAACGGGAAGAAGAAGAACCGGAGAAUGCUGCAGAAUUCGCCUUCUCUUCAUCUCCUCUCAUCCAUUAAUCUUGAAAGGUAUGGAGUGUGCUAUUGAGGAGACAAUAACAUGUUGCAGUGCCUAGGAGGAUUCAAGCAUUUGUUUGCUGUCUUAUUGAAAUGCUGUGAUCUUGAUCUAUACAAGCAGCAAAAAGGUCUUGAAGAUCCGGAAAUUUUAGCGAGAGAGACUGUGUUCAGUGUGAGUGAGAUUGAAGCCCUAUAUGAGCUAUUUAAGAAAAUCAGCAGUGCUGUGAUUGAUGACGGGUUGAUAAACAAGGAAGAGUUCCAGUUGGCACUUUUUAAGACUAACAAGAAGGAGAGCUUGUUUGCGGAUCGGGUUUCAGCUUCAAAUUUUCAGGUGUUUGACUUGUUCGAUACAAAGCACAAUGGCAUUCUAGGAUUUGAAGAAUUUGCUCGUGCUCUCUCUGUUUUCCAUCCUAAUGCUCCUAUAGAUGAUAAGAUUGAAUUUUCUUUCAAACUUUAUGAUCUCAAGCAACAGGGAUUCAUAGAGAGACAAGAGGUGAAGCAAAUGGUAGUGGCCACUCUUGCUGAGUCGGGCAUGAAUCUUUCUGAUGAAGUUAUAGAAGCCAUAAUUGAUAAGACAUUUGAGGAAGCUGAUACAAAACAUGAUGGGAAGAUUGACAAGGAGGAGUGGCGCAAUCUUGUGUUACGACAUCCGUCGCUAUUGAAGAAUAUGACACUUCAAUACCUCAAGGAUAUCACUACAACAUUCCCAAGCUUCGUUUUCCACUCUCAAGUUGAUGAUACAUAAUGAUCAAACAAACUCAAAUAAAAUUUGGAAGACGAAGUUAUUUGCAUUUGCUUUCUAAACUUUGGGUGACUAAACUGUGGCUGAGCGAGUCUGUAUGGUGGAAUUAUUUUGCCAUGGAAAAACUGUGCGGGUAUUGUUUAUAUCUAAGAGUCGUACUCUGAAGGAGAAAUCACUUUUAUUCUUGUUAUUUAUUUAAAUUUUGUUCUGUGUAUAAAUUAUAUUGUUUAUAAAUUAAGUUUUUGCA